UGCAUCUUCCGACCAUCACCUUCUCUCGUAUCUUGCCAAAGUCAACCUUGCGUGCCUCAACUGCUUGGUCCAGACUUCUGGUAGCUUUCGUUAUUGUCGCUCAUUUCAGAAGACUCUCGUUGCUGUCUUACACCUCGGUUUCAGUCGCGUUUCAAGCAAUGCGAUAGCCAAGUUUCAACGUCAUCACUUUGCUAAAAUUGUUGGGCCUCGGUUGAGUGUUGGUUGGGCAAGAAACCAAGUCUCUGGGCGCAAACCAGCGACAGCAAUGUCGCCCUCUGCAGUCCACAGCAAGGUCACUCCACCAUACCAGAGACCGAAUCUACAUAUUCACGGCAUUGGAGUCGAAUACCCUCCUUACGAAAUCAAAUCCGAACAUUUGGCCACUCUCGCAAGGCGCCACUAUCCCAGUUCUCCAGCACUUGACAAAGUGCUGACGAUCAAUGAGUACACGGGCAUCGACGCUCGUUCGGCCAUUGGAAAUAUUGAUCAUCCUGUCGCUAAUGGAGCGGAACCCCCAACAAUAGCCGAGUUGUGCGAUCUGUUCCUCGACUACGGCGUAAAGCUGUCCGUCGAAGCAUGCCGCAAGGCUUUGGAGCAAUGGGGAGGUGAUCUGUCCGAGAUCACACAUGUUGUUGCCACCACCUGCACCAAUUCUGCCAAUCCGGGCUACGACCACUAUGUUGUUAAACAACUCGGUCUCAACCAGAGCAUUGAAAAGGUGCUGCUGCACGGUGUGGGUUGCAGCGGCGGACUAGCAGCGCUGAGGACCGCCGCCAACAUUGCUCUUGGUUCCAGCUUCCGACGAAAACCUGCUCGCAUUCUGGUCUUUGCCUGCGAGAUCUCUAGUAUCCUCGUUCGAUCCGAGCUGGACUCGAUCCACAAGAAUCAAGAGGUCAGGAUAGGCGUCACUCUGUUCAGUGAUUGCGCAUCGGCAGUGGUGCUUGGGAACGGUUUCAGUGAUCGUUAUGAUGAAGAGCCGUUACUGGAGCUUUUGGGGUGGGACCACAGAAUUAUCGAAGACACCGAAAAAGAUCUCGGUUUUGACGUCGACCCACUCGGUUGGAAGGUCGUCCUCACCCAGCGAGUGCCCAAGCUUGCGUCGGCAGCCGUACCUUCCAUGUUCGAGGAUUUGGUGGGGUCGGUACCCGAGCUGGUAGACCUAGGAAAGUUUAAAGCCUCAGACUACGACUGGGCACUCCAUCCGGGUGGCUCGACUGUCAUCACUGGGGUCGAGAGAGCCAUGCACUUGACUCCGGAGCAUCUUCGAGCGAGCUAUGAGACAUACAUUACUCACGGUAAUAGUUCAAGUGCCACCAUAUUCAGUGUUAUGGAUCGGCUUUUGAAGGGUGAAACCACUGAUCAUAUAGUCGGGUGUGCGUUCGGUCCCGGCAUAGCUGUCGAGAUGAUGGUACUCAAGCGCAGUGCGCCACGUCCCGAUCCAGGAACGGUCAGCCCGGCGGAGAGUCUAACCGAGACCCUCGUUGCAGAAGAUGUCGAUUGAGGUUAUUGGAGGAGGGUGCCUGAUGCAUUCCGGCGAUCCUUCUGGUAUAAAGCAGUCCAGCAAUGAUGGAGGAGUGCUGCAAAGCAUAUCGAAUGCACGAAUACAUAGAGAAAUGCCUCCGAGUAGAUGAUUGGAGCCCUUGCUUGUGUUUGUCGGUGCAAUCUGACCGCUGAUCGUACGAAGGGAGCGAUAUGGUACAAUGCUAGAGCACCUGCAACUUUGCCAGCCGUGUUAUCGAGAGGUCGGGCAACAAACACCGUGGCCAGGAGGACAGAGACCAGCAACAGCACCGCAUAUUGUCGAAUGACCGCAUGGGCUUGAGGAGUGUGUAUGCCGAGUUGUCUACUAGGAAAGCAGAAGAAGUUUAUAGACGCCGGAAUCUCGAUGAUGAUAUGGAUAAGG